AUGGCAGGCCUAUUCCGACUUCUGAAAAUGCAAUACACCCCUCCCACAGAUCCCCGUGGAAUCUCCCUCGCCGGCAAAACCGUCCUAUUAACAGGCGCAACAUCCGGUCUAGGCUACGAAGCAGCAAUCAAAUACAUGAAUCUCGGCGUGGACUCCCUAAUAAUCGGAAGCCGAAGUCUAGAGAGGGGAAAUAGCACAAAAAUCAAACUUGAACAGCUCACCAAUCGACCCGGCGUCGUGCAAAUAUGGGAACUGGAAAUGAACAGUUUUCAGAGCGUGAAGAAUUUCGCAGCUCGCGCGAAUGAGUUACCCAGAUUAGAUAUUGCGUUGCUAAAUGCUGGUCUUUGGAAUCGGGAUUAUACGAUUUCACCUCAGUCUGAUGGGGAAGGGUGGGAGGAAGUUCUUCAAGUUAAUGUUCUUUCGACUUCUUUGUUGGCGCUGCUGCUUUUGCCGAAAUUGAGGGCGUCUGGUGCUCAUUAUGAUUCUGAACCGGGGCAUUUAAGUGUUGUUUCGAGUCAGCAGUUUGUGAGAGUUAAGGCUGAGAGUCUACGUACGGACUCGGAAGAAUCACUGUUGGAACAUCUCAAUUCUCCGGAGAGGUUUCAGGGCCCGAAACAAUACGGUAUCUCGAAGUUACUAGUCGAGUAUGUGAUGAAGACUAUUGCCAAUGGGGUUCGAAGAGAAGAUGGUUCAUUGCCUGUUAUUGUCAAUACUAUUAGUCCCGGGUUGUGUCAGACUUCUCUCGGUCGGCAGUAUGAUCGGUUCUAUGAGCGAUGGAUUGUUUGGUUGUUGCAUCGGUUAUUUGCGAGGACUUCCGAGGCUGGCAGUCGGUCUUUGGUUAGUGGGACGCUUCAGGGCGCGGAGUCGCAGGGUAAAUGCUGGCGAAGUGAUGGGUAUCUUGAUGAGUCUAAAGCGCUUACCAACGGAUCAGAAGGGAAGGAGUUUCAAGCCAAGGCUUGGAAGGAGAUUGUGGGGUUAUUAGAGAGCCAAGCGAAGGAAGUGCGUGAUAUUCUUGUAUUUGAGGAUUAG